AUGCUCGUGGCAUACGUGAUAAUUGUGGGCCUCCUUGCGAUGCAACAGCCCUUCUAUGCCAUGGCCGUCAAUGCAGCUUUACAGCAACAGCAGCAGCACCACCACGGUUCUCCUGCUAUCGGUCCUGCAAGCGGCUCUAACCGCAGUGCUUGCAACUGCGGUAUCGGCGGCGGCAACAACGGCGGCGGUCACACGAAGCGGACCAUGAACGCGUACACGGUGUGGUCGCGCGCGCAUCGGCGCGAGAUCGAGCAGGAAAAUCCCGACAUGCUCUACAAGGAAGUAUCCCAGCGUCUGGGCGCCGCAUGGAAGCAGCUAAACGAGGACUACAAGCGGCCGUUCAUCGACGAGGCCAAGCGGAUACGCGAGCAGCACAUGCGGGACUGCCCGGACUACAAAAAGCCUUGA